CGUAGAAAUUCCAUCACCAAAAUGGAAGUGAGGGAUCUGCUGAAGGACAAAAAGUUCUGGGUCGCGUCCUUCCUCAUUGCCUGGGCAGCUGGUCUCCAGGGGCACAUGAUGUGGCUGCAAAGACAGGACUCGUUCAAGCAAAAGUUUGGGAAUCCCAGCGAGGACAAUGAUGAAGCUGGUAAAUAAGGCAUGCCCUUCAAGUUUUCCUUGAAAUUAACAAUUGGGUUUCUGCUAAUUGAGGUUGAGAUGAAGCUUAAGGCUUGUGAAAUAUUUGUUUACUAUUUUUUGUGUAUUACAUUGAGUUUGAGUUUUUCUUCAUGAGUUUUAAAUGCGAUAAUAUUCUGGAAAUUAUCUUUGUUGCUAUUGGAAAAAGGAGUUUUUGUAGCUUUGAUGUGUGGAUGACUAUAUAUGAAAUCGUUAUAGAGUUUAAUCUACUGGA